AAACCGCCACAAUGGUCAGACUUACCGAGGUUGAGGACGAGCACUUCGCCCAGGAGAAGCCUCAGACCACCAAGGACAAUGUGCUUAUUGCGACGGAUGACGAGGAGGAGGAUUUUACCGACACUGAAUCCGAAAUCUCCAACGAAGACGAAAUCGAAGUCGAGGGCGAAAACCUCAGCGACCGUCUCACUGCCCUGAGAGACAUGAUCCCUCCCUCCGCCCGCCGCCAAUUUUCCUCCUCCGUUUCCUUCGUCUCCUCGUUCACAAAGUCCAGCGUUCUGUUCAGUGGUCGGGCACUGUGGGUUAUCAGCACUACCGCAUUCUUGCUGGGUGUUCCGUGGGCGCUUGCGUAUGCCGAGGAGGAGCAGUAUGUGCAAUUGGAGCGGGAGCAGGGUAUGAUUCGGGGAGCUAAUGAGAUGCUCACUCCUGGUGAACAGCAAGCCAAGGAAGCUCAGCCUACUCUGUAAACGAUCCGGUCCAGAGAUGAAGGUUGAAUCAGGCGGAGACCAGUCAUGUCCCACCACUGCAUGGCAAUGUCAUGAUACGACUUGAAGAAACAAAAAACGAAUUUAAAAAAAAAAAAAAAAAAAAAG